CAGACAGGAAUUUCAAACAGCAGCUCGUCUAAACGUGAAAUACCAUCAUGUCGAACAAGGUAGACAAUGAAUAUAUAUUCAGAGCCAUUCACAUCGGCGACAUGGCAGAAUUCACAGACAUACUGGAACGUCAUCCAACGCUGAAUAUCAACAUUCAAAACGACGAAGGUGAAUCGCUAUUGAUCCAUUGCGUAAAGCGUUCGGGAACGAAAUGGACACCAGUUAUCGGGGGCGAAUUUCGCGCAAUAUGCAAAAUUUUGAUCAAGCGCAAUAUUGACGUUAAUCUACGCGACGCAUCGGGCAAAACUGCUGCGAAUUACGCGGCGGAGCUGCAGCAGUUGGAAAUUUUAAGGCUGUUGAUACAACACGGAGCGCAGCUCGAUAGCGCAGUGUUGGACCGCGUCAUUGACAAGGAAGACUGGAUACUAGCUAUCUGCGCGUCGUUCGCCAAAGAGUCAGGACAAGGAAACGAACAUGUGAAUGGUGAUCAAAUGUAUGGAAGCACAAUGAUGAAAAAAGGAGAAACGGUUAAAUUGAAACUCUUUCAUCGACUGUUAUCUUCCAACUAUCUUUCAAGCAUCCGAUGGCUGUGCGAACUAUUUCCGGAGAUUAUCGAGAAGAGAAACGAAGACUCUUUAACAGCGCUGCAUAUUGUGGUUACAGAAAAUAACAUUGAUGCAUUGAAGAUUUUGUUGGAGUUCAAAACAGAUCUUGAAACGGUUGAUAACAACGGCCAUACUGCCUUGCAUUUUGCUGUUGACUAUGGUCAUACGGACUGUGUGCUAACCCUCCUCAAUAGUGGUUCACUGGUCAACUGUCAGGACGUUUCAGGUGCAACACCGCUGCACUAUGCUAUCAAUGCGGGCUCACAAGAUGAUGACGUCAUAAUCAAGCAACUGCUAAAGUUUGGCGCGUCUACGUCGUUGGCUGAUCGAAACGGUCGCUUGCCGCUUCAUUGGGCAGCUAAUUAUGGGAACCCAACUGUAUGUGUAUCAAUGGUUGAAAAUGGAUCUCCCGUGAACUCGAGGUGCAAUGAUGGACACACAGCUCUGCACAUUGCCGCGAGUCAUGGCCACGAGGAAUGCAUCCGAGUUCUGAUCACGAAAUGCGGAGCAGAUAUGAACAUCGAGGACAAAUUUGGAUACACGCCGUUAUUUAAUGCCAUCAUCACAAGACAUGUUCAGUGUGCAAAACUUUUAUUGCAACAUAAGGCUUUGCCGAACCACAAAGACACAAAGGGCAAUAGUGCAGCGCACCUGGCAGCAUCUAAAGGACUAAUUGAGGUAUUACAGGAGCUUGUUCACCACCAGGGUUCACAUGAACACAGGAACAACGCCGGCGACCUCCCGUUACACGAGGCUGCCUUGUUUCAACGAUUAGAUAUUGUGAAGCACAUCAUUACAAGUCGAUGCGAGGUUGAUGUACGCAAUAACCAAGGCCUUACACCACUACAUCUUUGCGCCUCGGUAGGAUCAAUUGCUGUGUGUGAAUGCCUGUUAAAAGGAGGUGCUGAUAUCAACUGCAUUAAUACACAGUGUAAGAACGGACUCUACAAGUUCCUAACACCGCUUGACCUGGCACGGAUGAACAAGCAUGCGGAAUGUGUAAAUUACCUUCAAAUCAACGGCGGUAGGAGUGGAGAACGGAUGACCACGGCUGCUUCAAGGAAAAUACAACGAUGGUGGAAAGCACGCAGACCUCCUAAAAUAGCACUGGGAUCCAAUAGGGAAUAUGCUGAGGAAUGUUCGGAAGAAAUGAUGGAAGCAACUCAGGACACACUUGAACGAUCUACCGAGGAGUAUGUUACGCAGACGGAAAACACGGGCGGACGGAAAGAGGAUGAAGAGCCUUCCAGGCACAAGCAAGGUGAUGAUUUGAAUGACCAAAUAAACGGACAAGAGUGUGAUUGCAGAAACCGAGGAAAUCCUCAUCGACAAAUCGAGGCGAACUUGGACCAAAAUUCAUCCUUGAAAAACAGUGCAGAAAAUGCUGAUAAUGCGUUAAAGAGAGCUGAAGAAACAAGUACUUUAGAUGUAGAGGGUGAUGAGUUGGAAACAACGUUCCCGGAGAAAAAUGAAAUUGAAGUUCACACCCCUGCUAAAACCAUGGAACCAUCGGUAGAUUUGCCAGAAAAUCAGCAAGAUUGUGGCGUGGUCCCAAAGCAGGCUGAUCAGAAAGAGAACGUUGAUGGGAUAAGAACAAAAACCGCUUCAAAACUAGAAACACGACAGGCAAUCAAGCAGCGUUUGAAAGAAUCCUUGGAAAAGGAGAAAUUAAGGAAGGAAAAACUAAGCGAGGAAAUUGAACGUUUGAAGAACGAUCUGGAAGAUCGUUGUCUUCGUUUGGAAAAGCGUUUAGGGGCAAUCCAACAAAAUUUGAAGAAACUAUAGGGUAUGUUUUUACGACUGUUGUAUACGACUUGCCGAAGAUAAAUAGAAC